GUCCCCACUUCUCUUUUGGCGCCAAACUGCUGCAAUCAUACGGUAAAUAAACGGUCGCUGCAAUUUUGCACAUCCAAGAACUCAAAUUCUACGGUUCUUCGAGCGAUUUCGGCAUUGAUUUUGCCGAACAGUCGACAAAGCGCGAUGGAUUAUCGACGACAAAACCGCAGCUGCCAGCCGUCAAUGGGAGUCGGCGGAGGAAAUACGAAUGGCAACAGACCUUACGUCAAACUGGACAGGAUCACGCAGAUUCCGUCUCCGUUUCACAACUCAGGGCCUUCACCAUACAGCAGACGCAUGCCCUACGGCCAUGGUCCUCCAACCCAGCCCAUGCAGCACUUAGUCGGUUCUCCGUACCAGAUCUUCUCGCCAAGAACUCAGCAGCAAAACUUUCCAGGUCUGCCUCCAGUGCCUCCGUACCCUUUUCACAACCUUGACCUGACUCCUCGUCGUCGCCAGGGCCCAGUGACCCGCAGCAAGAGUGCUCUCAGACCCACCAACAAGCAGUCCAGGCUGUCAGUCAAACCAGCUCCAAGACCGCAGCUCUCUACCAGAGCUGCACUGGCUCCAUCCACAAGCAGACAGGAAAACAAACUGCCCAAACCAGCAGUGACCAAACAAUCCAAGCCUCCGGAGAAAGCAGCUAAAGCAGUGGAGAAACAGAGCAAAGCAGCUGAAAAGCCAACAAAGCAGCCAGAAAAGCCAAGAAGGGAAUCUUGGAAGCCGGAACCAACUCGGAGGAGGAGUUUGGCUCCUCUUGUCAGAAGUGGAACUGAUUUCAUUGAGAGGAACAAAAUCAAUGCUGCUCGAAGGAAGAGUGUGGACCCAAGCGCACUGAAAGAUAUGAAGACCACCAGGAGGCAGUCACUGCCCAGAAUAGCCAAAGCAGUCAGAGUUGAUCAGUCUGCCGAGCUUGAAGAGAAGCAUCUCAAACCUAAAGUUGAAGAACCAGCAAAGUCGGAGCCUGAGCCUGGAGCAACUGUUGAAGAAGUCAUCCAGGUGUCUGCUGAGAAACCCAAAGAACCAAAGGAAGAUGAGGUAGACGAGGCUAAAGAAAAUUUGCCUGAAGAGCCAUCAUCUCCAAAAAGAGCCAGGGUGGAAAUUUCCGACGCCAAAGUCGAUGAGCCAAACUCACCAGAACAACCCACCUCGCUCUUCCUCCAGUAUCUGGACAUUAAAAAGGAGGAUCUGCCCAACAUCGUAGCUGACUACGAAACUCAAUCGGCUCCUGUGGUGACCAAAGAAAAGGAAAGCAAGAAGCAACGCUGUGCCAUCAUGUGAGUAAGUGCAAAGAUUCACUUUUUUUUUGGUAAAUUUUUAUGGCACACUUACUAGCUCUAUCCCUUUAAUAUCCACUUUUGUACAAUUAUGGACAAGUCAAUAUAAUCGCAUUUAUUACUACACUUAAGUUAAUAUUAAACAAUGACGUGUAAUAAGAAGGAACUUGUUUAAUUUACAAAUAGUACAAAGAAAGACAAUCGGGAAAGGUCACUUGAGUCUGCCGGCCCGGGCGUCUGUGAUUGCACCCCACAGUUCGAUGAUAAAGUCGUCGGUGAAUCCGAAUUCCUCAAGGUCAGAGCCGUCGAUGGCCUCUGCAAAGUCCAUGCUGUUCUGAGUGCCCUUAGCUCGCUGCCAGAUUUGCGAGGCAAGCUCCGAGUCGUUAAUGCCCAUAAACGAUUCCAGCAGUUUAUUAAUGUUUUCAAUGCCCGUUUGUUCUUGGUCGUCCGCCUGUUCCACCUCGGCUGUGCCAUUGGCCUUGAAACGCAGCGUUUCUUUACCAGAACCAUAGCCCUGUUUCUUUCCCUUUCUGGGGUCACCUCG